UUUUAACGGGCGACCUAAGAAAACAGUCAGGACCCCGCCCACACCGGGAUCAUCUAACAACAUAACCAUAAACAAAUCUAAAAGAAACACAUAUUUCACGUUACUAUGGUCAUUUAUAACACAUAUUCCUCGCAUUUAUCUAUUAAAAACAUUCCAACUGUACUUUUUCAGUUAACGCAACAAUACAUGAAACAGCUAAAUUAAAAAGUAUUAUUAUUUAUUAGUUUAUUAUAUGUUUAAUCAAUACAUUUAUGAGGCAAUAUUUGCUAAAAUAAAUAAAAAUAAAUGAGAAUAUAUAUAUAUAUAAAUAUUUUAUAUCUGCAAAUAAGAAUUAAAUGUUUAUGUUUACCUUUAUUUAGUCUUGUUUUAGCUGUAUUGUAUUUCUGUGAAUCACAUUGAGAGGAACAAAAACAAGUUGUAUGUGUACACAGUUACUUUAAAGCUUUAUGGCCUCAUCUAGACACUCUUGAAAAGACAUUGCCUAUACGUAGCAAUGACAAAAAGGGAAAAGAACAUUUAAUUGUCUCAAAACAAUAGUACAAACAGUAGUAUUACAAUAUUUACAUUGAUCAAAUAUGUACACUGUAAAUGCACAAUGUAGUAUUGUAUUAUAUUAUGAUAGUACCCAGGUCCUUAACUCAAGUAAAAGUUGCAAUAUUGCAUUUAAGUAAUUAUGUAGCAUGGCUCAGAGUUACAUUUUAGCCUACUUAAUCUACAACAUACACGUAUUUUAUACUUAAGUACAGUACUUGAGUAAAUGUACCAUUGAUGAUAAUACAUCCAUGUACGUAAAGGGUAUAUAAAUCUAUAGUCGGUGUAUUAAUUGCAAGUUUGUCGAGGCUUUUAUUCUGAAUAAUUUCACCGGAAGUCUUUUCUGCUCCCCAAUGCAAAUACUGGAUGGGCCACACGCAUGCGCACUCCCUUACUCUACAUUAAACAGUCCUAGGUGGGCAUUUUGCGCUGAGCUUGAAAAUAUCAUCGACUGAUUCACGGUAAUUGAUCACAUCCUCACCAUGGCGUCCAGUGGAUAUCUGCAGGCAGCGGUGCUCCUUCUGGCGGUGCAGCUCAUCUGUCUCGGUGCAGCUGAUGCGGAUCAGGAGACUGGGACUGUCAUCCCUGCUGAAAGUCGCCCAUGUGUGGACUGUCAUGCAUUUGAGUUCAUGCAGCGAGCACUGCAAGAUCUAAAGAAGACGGCGUUCAACCUUGAUGCCAGGACGGAGACGCUGGUGCUGAGGGCCGAGAGGAGGGCUCUGUGCGACUGUAUGCCCACCAGCUCACUGCGCUGAGUGCACCUGAGGACGCUUCCCCCCCCCCCCCUGUCAUCACACUGACCUCGACUCAUGUACAGCGAUUUUCAUCUUAACUUAUUCACGCAAUAGGCACUUUAUUUUCUUUUCUCUCAUACCACUGUUGGGUGAAGCUUUGAUUUGAAAUCGUGCAUCCGAAGGCAUGUUAUCGUUUUGUUUUGCCUUAUUGGGGAGGACUUUUAUAUCACUGACGUUUUACAUCGUGAAACACACGCCUGUUCGAUUAGUUUGUUUUCAUCGUCGUAGGAUUUGGGUCAGUUCUCAUCCGUCUCCGAUGAAGCAUACACUAUCUUUUGUACUUUUUAGUAUUUGACUGUAUAAUGUAGAUACAGUAGAAUGCGUUGACAAACUUACUCGUCCAAUGUGUUGUAUGAGAUUAACGUUUACGACAAUUUUACACAUCAAACUGUAGCAUCACGUGGAAUUUAUUUAACGGCUCAAAAUACUUCAAAGAUUCUAAUUAAUCUCUUUGCAGCCUGGCUUCUUUUGCAACAACUAGAAAAGGUUGGGUAACUUAUUAAAGAAAGUUAUAUUUCUUUGUAAUAACCAUGAAGAUUUAUCAGCAGAAAGACAUUUCUACCAGAAGUUAAAACAAUAUUUUGAAACCUUUUUGUUUUAGGUCUUGAUUUAGCACAGCACUGUAGCAUGACUUUACAGCACGUUUUGUUAACCUGCUGUUAAUGUAGAUUGUAUGUAUAGAUUCUGUACAUGUACACGGGUCUUCUCCGCCUGACAAAGGUGUAUGCAAGAAUAGUGACGAACGAUAUAGUAUCAUGAACUGCAAUAUCGACGGGGGAAGGGAGGACAGCUAGAGGAACGCUGGCUGCAGCAGGGGACAUAGAGAUAGUCUUAUUGUUGCUUGUUCAUGUACUUUGUUAACUUUAUGUCACAAGACACCCCAUUUAUUGUCUUAAUGUUGUACCUAUCAAUAAAAACAAUGAAUGAUCUGUA